UUUACUCUUUGCGUAGACUUAUCCUCACAUCACAAGAGCCACUGCAUUGCCAACCAGAAUCUGGUCCACGCAAUCGCGUAAUCUCCUCAAACUAGAACCAACAAAAUGCAAACACUAGUCUCUAGUGAUCCCUUUUUCACACUUCCCUUCUCUUCCACAUCUCUUCUCUGCAUUCUUCCCUCACAUUACUAUGGCAGCUGCAGUGACUUCCGCUGCAGUAUCUUUUCCUUCUACCAAGUCCUCCUCCCCACUCUCUUCCAGAACCUCCAUCGUCUUCACCCACGAAAGAAUCACCUUCAAGAAGUCAUCUCAUGUGCAUACUGGAAGCAGGGGACUGGUUUCAGUGAGAAGCCAGGUCACCACCGAAGCUCCUGCUAAGGUCAAGAAGGAGUCCAAGAAACAGGAGGAAGGUGUGGUUGUGAACAAGUUCAAACCCAAGGAGCCUUACACCGGGAGAUGCCUUCUCAACACCAAGAUCACUGGCGAUGACGCACCUGGCGAGACCUGGCACAUGGUUUUCAGCACUGAAGGGGAGGUGCCGUACAGAGAAGGGCAGUCAAUUGGAGUUAUUCCAGAGGGCAUUGACAAGAAUGGGAAGCCUCACAAGCUUAGAUUAUAUUCAAUUGCCAGCAGUGCUCUCGGUGAUUUUGGUGACUCUAAAACUGUCUCCCUUUGUGUCAAGAGGCUUGUCUACGUCAAUGACCAAGGAGAGACUGUUAAGGGAGUCUGCUCAAAUUUCUUGUGUGAUUUGAAGCCCGGCUCAGAAGUUUCAAUCACAGGACCAGUUGGGAAAGAAAUGCUUAUGCCAAAAGAUCCUAAUGCCACAAUUGUCAUGAUUUUUAUGCUAUCUGCGUUGAACUCCUCUUCUUUGCAGCUUGCGACUGGGACUGGCAUUGCACCCUUCAGAUCGUUCUUGUGGAAAAUGUUCUUUGAGAAGCAUGAGGACUACAAGUUCAAUGGGCUCGCAUGGCUCUUCCUGGGAGUUCCCACUAGCAGCUCAUUGCUGUACAAGGAGGAAUUUGAGAAGAUGAAGGAGAAGGCACCUGAAAACUUCAGGCUAGACUUUGCAGUGAGCAGAGAGCAAACUAACGAGAAAGGCGAAAAGAUGUACAUCCAAACGCGCAUGGCUCAAUAUGCCGAAGAGCUGUGGGAGCUACUGAAGAAAGAUAACACAUUCGUGUACAUGUGUGGAUUGAAGGGAAUGGAGAAGGGCAUCGAUGACAUUAUGGUCGGUUUGGCUGCUAAGGAUGGAAUUGAUUGGUUUGAUUACAAGAAGCAGCUGAAGAAGGCUGAGCAGUGGAAUGUGGAAGUGUACUAGUACUGUUACUUUCUUUUCGGUGAGAUGUAUAUUUGGAAGCCAAAAGAAUGUGUGCUCCUGCAAUAAACUGUAUUCGCUGCAUUGUGUAGAUAGGAUGUAAUAGACCUCAUAUAUCGACUGUUAAUUCUUCAAAUACUGUUCUGGUGUCUGCCCCAAGCCUCCCUUGUUCAUUAUGUAUUAGUGACUCGUAGCAAUCCUCACGGAAUAACCAGAGAUCGGAUCGGUUGCUCAAGUCUAGGCAGUAAAUAUCAAAUGGGAAAUUAACGUCUUCUAUAAAUUCAAAUUUCUAUCUCAAUUUUUUCAAUAGUUCAUGAAGUCUAUGAGUCAAUGAGUCAAGACUCUAUCAACUUGUGAGCUAUUUUUAUUGUUUUUUAAGUAUUAAGUAAGCUAUUAAUUAUUUGAGUUGAAGUGUGAAAAUGUUG